CCCGCGGGGCGGGGCCGGCGGCGGCGAUGGCGGCUGCGUCGGGCUCCGCGCGCCUGCAGCGCUGCUGGGUCUCUCCGGCGGGCAGGCACAGCGCCUCGCUCAUCUUCCUGCACGGCUCAGGUGAUUCUGGACAAGGAGUAAGACGGUGGAUCAAGCAGGUUUUAAAUCAAGAUUUAACAUUCCAGCACAUCAAAAUUAUUUAUCCAACAGCGCCUCCCAGGCCUUACACCCCUAUGAAAGGAGGGAUCUCCAAUGUCUGGUUUGACAGGUUUAAGAUAUCUAUCGAUUGCCCCGAGCACCUGGAAUCCAUUGAUGGAAUGUGCCAGGUGCUUACAGGCUUGAUUGAUGAGGAAGUAAAAAGUGGCAUCAAGAAGAGCAGGAUUUUAGUAGGAGGAUUUUCAAUGGGAGGGUGUAUGGCAAUGCAUCUAGCCUAUAGAAACCAUCAAGAUGUGGCAGGAGUAUUUGCUCUGUCUAGUUUUUUGAAUAAAGCAUCUGCUGUUUACCAGGAUCUUCAGAAGACAGAAGGCACCCUUCCUGAAUUAUUUCAGUGCCAUGGUACUGCAGACGAACUAGUCCUUCAUUCUUGGGGAGAAGAGACAAACUCAAUGUUAAAAUCUCUGGGGGUGAGCACCAAGUUUCAUAGUUUCCCAGGGGUUUUCCAUGAGCUGAAUAGAGCUGAACUAGAAAAACUGAAGUCGUGGAUUCUUACGAAGCUCCCAGGAGAAGUGGAAGCCCAGAAGGAAUAAAUCAGAAUCAGUUGAUAAACAUUUAAUGCCAUUGUGGAAAGUGAUCUGUACUGCCAGAUUAUAACUUGAUAGUGAUAAUAAAAAUUUUAGAAGAUACAAUUUACUGACUAAUAUUUUUUAUUGAAAUAACAAUGGUAUGUUAUUAAUGGUAACUUUCAGAAAUGUCUUUAUAAUCAUUCGGGUACGUCUUUGCGAAUAUUGGAAAUCUAUUAAGUAAGAUUUUGAAUUUUUUUUAAUUGUAUUGAAUAAUCGCUGUGAGGUAGUUACAAGCUUUCAUGUUUGGGUUACAAUCUCACAAUGGUCAAACACCUGUCCCUCCACCAGUGUACAUUCCCCACCACCAAUAUCCCUGGUAUACCUCUCCCUUUUUCACCCUCCCCCUGCCUCCAUGGCAGACAAUAUUCCCCAUACUCUCUCUCUCUACUUUUGGACAUUAUGGUUUGCAACACAGACACUGAGAGGUCAUUAUGUUUGGUCCAUUAUCUACUUUCGGAACACAUCUCCCAUGUAAUUAAUAAAAUAAAGACAAGGAGACAUAUGCAAAGGCUUGGCGUCAUAAUAUUUUAUCUUUUCUACUGUUCUCUAAAAUUACCUUACAAAGUUAAGGUAAGGUAAUUUUAGUGUCAGCAGAGUACCAUGAAGCUAGCAAGUUGUCAGCCAGCUUCACUUGUUCUCACUCCAUCAACAUAAGAGCUUGAAUAGCUAUUACUGGUAUUUGAUAAUAGGGAUGGGAAACUCUCCCAGAGCCUCAAGCACCACAUUUGCAACCCAGUUCUUGGGAUUCUCCCAGGGCCUGCUCUGCGCUUAACCGAAUACUGCU